GGGGAGGAGGGCACCGAUCCUCCCAAACUCCUAUACAAGCGCCUCCAACACCUAAUCAUUAAAACACACACCACAUCUCCACGGAAACUAAACUUAUACACAACCCCGAAGCAUCGGCCUUGAACAUCACACACCGCGCGUUUUCCCGUGGAAUGAGCAUUCCAUGCAGCAUCCUAGGUAUGAAUGACGUGGCCUGGCAGGAGACGCGAGGUGGGAUGCGGCACACAAACGGUGCGCCAGAGGCUGGAGGGGUCCGAGUCCAUGCGGGGGGCUCUCUAGCCACAGUAGGAGUGGCUGGGCAGGGACCUGGAGGAGUGCACCCUCUGCCAGGGAUGGACCGGGUGGCCAAUCCCAACCCUGCUACCCCUCAGCCGCCACUGAGCGGCCGUUCCCAAGACGAUGCCACCGUGGGCUAUUUCUUUCAAAGGCAGCCCGGGGAGCAGCUGGGUAGCUGCACUACAAGCAAACACCGUUGGCCCACUGGUGAAGGAAACCACGUUGACCAGGUACGCCCUGUGGAUGAGAUGAAUUAUGACUUUCAAGCCUUGGCUCUGGAGUCACGUGGAAUGGGUGAGCUACUUCCUGCGAAGAAACUGUGGGAAUCAGAUGAACUGGCAAAAGAAUGGCGAGAGAACGCCUGGGGUUCCUCGCAUCAUUCAGUAUCUCAGCCCAUUAUGGUGCAGAGGCGGCCAGGCCAGGGCUACGGGAACGGUGACGCAAGCUCAGUGCUGUCCCCGCGCUCAGAGGGGGGUGGCUUAGGUGUGAGUAUGGUGGAGUACGUCCUCAGCUCCUCACCUGGAGACAAGAUGGAUGGUCGCUACAGAAACGGAGGCUAUGGUGGAGGAGAUACAGAUUCAGAUGGAAGGGAAAAGGGUGAUCCAAAAGAAAAGGCUUCUGCAUUUGAGGAGGUCAAAUGCCCUGAAAUGAAAGUUGGAGAAGAAGGGGACGCCUCAAAAGCUAAUGCCAGAGGACUGCUAAACGGGAUGGAUCGUGACUGCAAAGACUUCAACCCAACCCCAGGGAGUCGCCAGGCAUCCCCCACAGAGGCAGUAGAACGGCUGGGCCCCAGUCAGACCGGACUGGAAAUGAUGGGGCAGCACCACCCGCACGCUCUGCAGCCACAUAACCCCCUCACAAACAAACCUCCCACUGAGGAUUUCCAGAGCCACGAAGCCCAGAGCAUGGGUGGCAUGGAGCAGCAGGGGGGCAUGGAGGCACUCCAGUUUGACUAUGCUGGGAACCAGAUCCAGGUGGACUCAUCUGGUGCUCCAGUCGGCCUGUUCGACUACAACUCCCAACAACAGUUGUUCCAGAGGUCCAGUCAUCUUGCCGUUCAGCAGUUGACACAGCAGCAACAGUAUGCCCUUGCUGCAGCCCAACAGCAACACCUCGGCCUUGCACCUGCGUUUGUGCCAAACCCUUACAUCAUCAACACUGCCCCUCCUGGAACAGACCCUUACACUGCUGCAGGCCUGGCAGCAGCUGCAACACUUGCAGGUCCAACAGUGGUCCCUCCUCAAUACUACGGUGUCCCAUGGGGCGUGUAUCCAGCCAACCUCUUUCAGCAAUCAGCUGCAGCUGCUGCCAAUCAUUCUGCCAACCAGCAGGCAUCUAAUCAGGGCCCAGGUCCGGGACAACAGGUAAUGCGUGCAGGGACUAACCAGCGACCUCUGACCCCUGGCCAGAGUCAGCAGGAGUCUCUCGCUGCAGCCGCCGCCAACCCAGCACUGGCCUUCACAGGCAUGCCAGGUGAAUCACCCUCAUCUUUUCUUUGUUUUAAAGGUUACCAAGUUCUGACACCUGCAUACUAUGAUCAGAACGGAACACUUGUAAUGGGUCCUGGAGCUCGUACUGGCCUGGGUGGACCUGUCAGACUGGUCCAAACACCACUCCUCAUCAACCCAGCAGCUGCACAGGCUGCCGCGGCUGCGUCUGCCUCAGGCUCUGCGAACAGCAUGUCUGGUCCAGCUAAUGGUUUGUACCGGUCAAUGGCCUGCCAGCAGCCCCAGCAGCCUCAACCUCAGCAGCAGCCGCCACCACCCUCUAGCGGCCUGCCCUCCAACUCCUUCUAUGGCUCCGGCUCAUUGGCGCCUAGCUCCCAGAGCAGCUCACUGUUCUCCCACACUAGUGCGGCACCUCCACCCAGCACCUCUUUGGGCUUCAGCAGCACUGGUGGUUCUCUGGGUGUGGGGCUUGGCUCUGCUCUCGGUGCCUUCGGCUCCUCAGUGUCUAGUUCUACCAGCAGCAGUGUGACCCGUCGGGACUCCCUGUUGACCAAUUCUGACCUGUAUAAGCGUGGUGGUGGCAGCAGCUUGACUCCCAUUGGCCAGUCUUUCUACAACAGCCUGGGAUACUCCUCCUCCCCCAGCCCCAUUGGCCUGACACCUGGUCACUCUCCUCUGACUCCUCCACCCUCUCUACCCUCCUCCCAUGGGUCCUCAUCCAGCCUCCACCUGGGCGGUCUGCCCAAUGGCAGCGGUCGUUUUAUUUCUGCUGCUCCAGGAGCAGAAGCCAAAUACAGGAGCUCGGGCAGUACCACCAGUCUGUUCAGUUCCAGCAGUCAGCUCUUUCCCCCACCACGAGCUCGAUAUAGCCGCUCAGAUGUUAUGCCCUCGGGUCGCAGUCGCUUACUGGAGGACUUCCGGAAUAACCGCUUCCCCAACCUGCAGCUCCGAGACCUGCCUGGACACAUGGUGGAGUUCUCCCAAGACCAGCACGGAUCCAGGUUUAUCCAGCAGAAGUUGGAGCGGGCAACCCCUGCCGAGAGGCAAAUGGUGUUUGGGGAGAUCCUACAGGCUGCUUACCAGCUUAUGACGGAUGUUUUUGGGAACUAUGUCAUCCAGAAGUUCUUUGAGUUUGGCAGUAUAGAUCAGAAGCUGGCUCUGGCAUCUCGUAUACGUGGCCAUGUGUUGCCACUGGCUCUGCAGAUGUACGGUUGUAGGGUGAUCCAGAAAGCUCUCGAGUCCAUCUCCUCUGACCAGCAGGUAAUUAGUGACAUUGUGCGGGAGUUGGAUGGUCAUGUGUUGAAGUGUGUGAAGGAUCAGAACGGGAAUCAUGUGGUGCAAAAAUGUAUCGAGUGUGUCCAGCCCCAGGCUCUUCAGUUCAUCAUUGAUGCAUUCCAGGGCCAGGUGUUUGUCCUGUCCACUCACCCGUAUGGCUGCAGGGUGAUUCAGCGUAUCCUGGAGCACUGCACUCAGGAGCAGACCCUGCCUAUACUGGAAGAACUCCACCAGCACUCUGAGCAGCUGGGACAGAAGUAUCAAGGCGUUUCAUUGGAGAUGACCCCCAAAACAUAUUAUACAGUGUCCAGCGAUGCACUGUUCAAGGAUCAGUAUGGUAACUAUGUGAUCCAGCAUGUUUUGGAGCAUGGGCGUCCAGAGGAUAAGAGCAAGAUUGUGGCGGAGGUCAGAGGGAAGGUUCUGGCGCUGAGUCAGCAUAAGUUUGCAAGUAAUGUUGUAGAGAAGUGUGUGAUUCAUUCGUGCCGUGCGGAGAGGGCCCUGCUCAUAGAUGAGGUGUGCUGUCAGAAGGAUGGCCCUCACAGCGCCCUCUACACUAUGAUGAAGGACCAGUAUGCUAAUUAUGUGGUGCAGAGAAUGAUUGACAUGUCUGAGCCUGCCCAGCGCAAGAUCAUCAUGCACAAGAUCCGGCCCCAUAUCGCCACUCUCCGCAAAUACACGUAUGGGAAACACAUCCUGGCAAAGCUGGAGAAGUACUACAUGAAGAGUGGAUCAGACCUGGGUCCCAUCGGUGGCCCCACCAAUGGCCUCAUGUAGGGGCCUCAAACCCAAUCCUCGCCCUCUCUCCCCCAAAUCACUUCAAGUAUGGGCAUCUCUUCUCCACCGUGGAGAUCUGUCACGCCCUUUAGAAAGGAAAGGAAAGGAAAUGAAAUGAAGUGUGCUUCACCUAAGAAUGCUUUGACCGUGCCCCUUUGCUGUCCCUGAUGCAGUCACCGUUGCCCCCCCCCUCCCCCAAAUCAGAGAGAGCAUGGUCUGUCAGCUAUUUAUGGGUAAAGCACAACACCAUUGUUUAUGAUGUAAUUGAUGUAACUGACGGUUUACGUUUUCUUUUCUAGUAAAUAUCUUGUACAUUUUUUUUACCUUGUAAAUUCUCUGUAGAAAAAGAAAUGUUUGCUGAAAAUUUACAAUUCUUACAAUUUACACCAGCAAGUGACUUUAUAAGGCCAAACUGAGCAAUCCUUUUUAAUUCUUUCUCCUUUACUCUUUUGUUUUUAUAUCCAGACUUUUGAAUAGCACAGUUAGGAAGUUUCAUAUUUAAGGCCCGUUCAAGCACGAUGGUACACAUGCCAAAGCUGCUGAUGAAGUUGACCAGUCAGCUGGUCUCCAAGAACUUGCUCGUAGAUGACCACUUUCGUCUGCCGUCCCGUUGAGUUAUGUGCUGUUAAGAGAUCCUUAACUGAUCAUAGAUCUUCGUUUCCUAGAGUUCUGCCAUUUAAAUGGGGGUCAUUUUUGGCACGGCCUCGCUUCUUUCUGUCCCUCAUGUGCGCACCUCUUUGCAACCAAGCUUAAUUUACGAUGUCCUCCAUCUUUGUUUUUUGUUUUAACUGACCCAACAUGUAGUAAAGUAUGCAUUUGGUUGCAAAAUACUAUUUGCCACACUGACCACAUCACUUGGUGCUUUGAAUGACGUGUAAGGCACGGUCGCCCUUUUUAACGUUUUAAAACGAGGAGCACAGCGAUGAGUUGUAUCAUGUUAGGCUGUUGAAACCUGGAAUAAUCUUUCCAUUUUGGGGUGGGGGGUUCAUGAGGCAUGGAGGGGGGAGGGAGAUUCGGCAUGCUUUGUCUGGAUAUAAUGUUUAACGGAAUGAUUUUCGUUGUCAUCAUGUUUGUGGAACAUCUGUCGAGUAGUUUUUUUUGAACACUGCCCUAGAAACGGUAUGGUUAUGUACUGAUUAUCAACUCUUAGAUUUGUAUUAGCUUAGGCAAAAUGUAUAGCAUCUUUAUGUACAAGUAAAUAUUAAAUUGUUGCUCUCGGGUGGGGUGAAGACUGCGCUCACACAUGGCGCCCUUCGGAGCAGAGAGGCGAGGUAGAUGGCCGAUGUCCCUGUCCUGCUGUCUGUGGUGCCAUCCCAGGACUUUUAGCUUUGAAAGGGAGGAGAACGGAAUAGAUUUUUAUAAACGCGAGAAGGGGGCAAUACGCAAAAUGAUGAGUUUUCAGAGAAUGGACAGGGGGCAGCCGUCUUCUGCUACACAACCUUUCUGAAUGGCUAGUAUAUUAAUGGCUUUUGUUCCUUUGCUUCAUAUGAAUAAAUGUAGAAUACAUGUAGUAUAUGUGGAGUUAUUAAGUGUAAGUUUAUUAGUUGAAUAGAAAAAACGAAUCUAGUUGUGACGUUGGACAGGCCUUGCUAAAUUGCGUAGUGAUUGCUUUUAUUUUGUCUUGUACAGUUGUACAUUUGUAAACGUUAACGCUGUAAAUGGAAUGUCUUUUACACUUUUGGGGGACGAAAAAAUUAGCAAAAAUGUGCAUUUUGAUGUGUGAAUAUUUCAUCACUCCCCUCGAAUAUAAUGUAUACAGUUUUCCUUGAACAUGCAUUAUUUUAUGGAUGAAAAAAUCUUUUUAUGGCAUCACAAUCUCAAGAUGGUUUUGUUUUUAAUCCGUUCUUGAAAAGGUCUGCCUCUCGAUGUACCUGGAGCAGUGACACCUUCUGUUGACAUUGUCAUUUUGACGUGUGGCAGUUGAAUAAUUAAGAAUUAAUUCAUUAUAUAUAUAAAUAAAACCAUGGGGCUGUCUUUGGCCCUACCUGCUACCAUGGAAAUUUCACAGGACACGACAAGAAUUAUUUUUGUAUAAAGGAGUGCUGUAUUUUGGAGCAGCCACUAACUUGUAAGCAAAAUAAUUGUAAGAUAUUGUCAAUUAUAUAAAUAUGAACAUAUGAGUUUUGUCACACUGUCAAAGUCAUGUACAUUUUCAGGUGGCCUUAUGUACAUUUCCAGAUGUUAGACUAGGAGAAAAUAACUCAUUUUUUUGGAAGCAGAAUUGUGACUAUCUAUUAAACUGUUCUUCUAACAUUUGAUAUAUGUGUCUGAAGUGCUUAUUAAUUAUGCAAUCUAAAUGCACACCCACUCUCUGAAAGGUGUAUACUGGAUUAAAUGCAAUUGAAACAUUUGUUGCAUACUGUCAAUUACCACAUCCCUCUGUUAGAAAACAUUAUCAUUAAACUUAAUGGAGGACUGUGUG